AUGAACACUUCCGGUUUCACCUCGCUCCUCCGCUGGUGUUAUAACGACGGCGGGAAAUUAUUCGCAACUUUUCGAAGGGAUAAACCUCCACAGAUAAUCGAAGGUAUCAACCCGGACUGUUAUUCUCUGUGACGGACUGAUGGAUGUUUGGAUGUGAGUGAGCCAACGGGACAGCAGAAGCAGACCGCCGCCACCAUGGCUGUGAACCAGCUCGCAGCGCAGGCCGUUAGCAAACCCUCUUCAGGAAAACAUGGAAACAAUCUGCCGCUGUGGGGCAACGAGAAGACGAUGAACCUCAACCCCAUGAUUCUCACCAACGUUCUCUCAUCGCCCUAUUUCAAAGUCCAGCUGUAUGAACUGAAGACCUACCACGAAGUCGUGGACGAGAUCUACUUCAAGGUGACUCAUGUGGAGCCGUGGGAGAAAGGAAGCAGAAAAACUGCAGGCCAGACUGGAAUGUGUGGAGGGGUACGUGGAGUCGGCACUGGCGGCAUUGUAUCCACAGCUUUCUGUCUUCUGUACAAACUGUUUACCCUCAAGCUGACUCGCAAACAGGUCAUGGGCUUGAUCACUCACAUUGACUCCCCCUACAUCCGAGCCCUCGGCUUCAUGUACAUACGAUACACACAGCCUCCGACAGAUCUAAUCGAUUGGUAUGACGACUUCUUGGAUGAUGAGGAGAUGGCCAAUGAGCAGCAGGAGCUCGACGUGAAGGCCGGUGGCGGCUGUGUCAUGACCAUCGGAGAGAUGCUGCGCUCCUUCUUGACCAAGCUGGAGUGGUUCUCCACGCUCUUCCCUCGAAUCCCAGUGCCGGUGCAGAAGAGCAUCGACCAACAGAUGAAGGCCAGACCUCGGAAGGUUGCACAGCGGGAAGCCGUGGAAGAAGAGGAGGAAGAGGAAGCUCCUUCCGCGGAGACGGGAAGACAGUCGGAUCGGCGGCGCUCCAGGAGCCCCAGACGGACGCCGAGCCCCAGACGCUCUCCUAAAAGGUCGAGAAGCAGAAGCCACCACAGAGACAGAGAGCGGGAGCGGGACCGCCACGGGCCCAGCUUCGACCGAGAACUGGAGAGGGAGCGAGACAGGCAGAAGAAGGAGAGGGACGGCAGGGACCGGGACCGAGACAGGGGGGAAAGGGACAGGCGGCGGUCGCGCAGUGCGGACAGGAACCAGGAGAGACGAGAGCGAAGGCGGAGUCGCAGUGCCAGCCGGGAGAAACGGAGCGAGCGGCGAGACAGGGAGCGAGAGGGUGCCGACGACAGGAGCAAGAGGAAAGAGCGAGACCAUCACAAAGAUCGAGGCAACGAACGGGAGCGGUCCCGGGAUAAGAAGAGCAGGGGGGAGGCCGACGAGCGGCGACACAAAGACGACAGGGACAGACACAGAGACGAGAAGAAGGGGAAGAGGUCGAGCAGAAGUCGGAGCAAGGAGAGGAGGCACAAGGGUGGAGGGGAGGAGAAGAGCAGGAAGAGAGAGUGCAGUCACAGCAGAGAGAGGGAGCGAGAGCGCUGUCACAAGCGCAGUCGCAGCAAAGACAGAGGGCAUCAUCAGAAAGAGUCCAGUAAUGAUCAGGGCAAACAUGACCGACGAAGGAGUCCCAGUGUUUAAUAUUUCAACAUUUCUCCUGCUGCGUCACCGGGCCCCGAGGGACGGGACUCUGGCGAGGUCUAGUGUGGAACCAGAUCUGAAAUAUUGCUGUUCUGUUUUUUUUGUUUCCUGCCUUUGUCACUCCCCCUGUAGACCUCUAGUGUUCACUUGAAAUUGGAGAAGUGGAAUAAAAGGCUUUUUUUUUUUUUUUUUUACAUUUCUUUUUCGUCCCCUGAGAGUCUGGGUUUGUACAGAAAGUGGAGAUGUUUACUCACAGUUCAGGACACUUGUGUCGUUGAUACAAAUGCUGUCAUAUUGUUCAUUUUAGAAAGUACCGGGUUCCACAGCGCCAGCCGUCGCCUUCAGAUCACCCUUUUUAAUUCUCCGAAGGACAAAGUACAGAAAGAUGAUUUUUUUACCAGUCCUGCUUGUGGGUUAUCACUUAUGCUUUGUUGCGUUUUGAUUCUUUUUUUUUCUUUUUUUAAUAAA